CGGAGAUGGUGACUCUGGGGGGAUGAAGGGCAGGGACCAUGGGGCUGGGUGUUCUUCUCAUCCCCCUCCUCGUCCUCAGGGUGGCCGGUUCCCGGCUGCAGAUAUUCACAGAUCCCUCCUCCCAGGCCCUGCUGGGCUCUGGGGCGCUGCUGAAAUGUCGGUUCGAAGUCGGGGGGCCGGUCGAUCUGAGCUCCCUGCGGGUUCAGUGGUAUCUGUGGGAGGAGAGGAUCGCGCAGUACAACCAGGGCAGGGGAGAAUCCCAGGUUAGAGCGAGCGUGUUGGAGCAGGAGUUGGAGAAUGGGAACGCAUCCCUGUCGCUCUCCAGUGUGAUGGUGUCGGAUGAGGGGCUGUAUAAAUGCGUCGUUGGUUACGGUACGGAGCAGCUGCAGGGAGAGACGACCCUCCGUGUGCUCGCUGCUCCCAGACUCUCCAUCCCCCGGCGAUCGGCCAGGACAGAUACAGCGACCUCCUUCCCCUGCCACGUGUGGGGAUUCUACCCCGGGGACGUCACCGUCACGUGGCUGAGAGACGGGCGGGUUCUGACCGACACCACCCGCUCUGCCCCCCAGAGGAACCCGGACGGGACCUUUAACCUCACCCUGACCUACACCUUCACUCCCAGCGCGAGCGACUCCGGCAGCAUCUUCUCCUGCCGCGUCACCCACGCGGCUCUGGCCCAGCCCCUGCGGGAGGAGUUCCCCCUGGCUGUCACAGCCGCUCCAAGGAUCAUCAUCCCCCAGCGAUCGGGAAUUAUAUUUAGAGAGACCUCCUUCCCCUGCCACAUGUGGGGAUUCUACCCCAGGGACAUCACCGUCACGUGGCUGAGAGACGGGCGGGUUCGGACUGAAUCCACAUAUUCUCCCCUGCAGAGGAACCUGGACGGGACCUUUAACCUCACCCUGACCUACACCUUCACCCCCAUGGAUUGGGACAAAGGCAGCAUCUUAACCUGCCGCGUCAGCCACGCGGCUCUGGUUCAGCCCCUGCAGGAGGAGUUUGCCCUGAUAAUCACAUGGUGGACAGGUGACAUAGUCGCACUUGUCUCAGGGAUCCUCCUCCUCGUGACUUUCCUAUUGCUGUGUGCAUGCCGGGUCUGUAAAGGGAAGGACUACCAGUCAGUUGUGACGUUCCCCUCUGUUGCUAUCCGGAUCAGUGAUCUGCGAGGUCACUCCAACGCUUGACUCUGGGAGCCAGGC